AUGGAAUCCGCCCGCUUCUCUCGGGGCCAGGGAAUGAUGCAAAUGAAUGACUUGUCCAAUCUGGACGUCAAAAACUUUGAUGCUGUGAUUUUCCUAGGAGGUCAUGGGGUCACCAAGAACCUGCUGGCCAGUUUGGCUCCCCUGCUGGCCUGCAGAGUGCUGCCUGGGCUGUUGGUGACCAUGGGGUAUGACAAGGAUGAGGAGAACCGCUGGGGACACUGGCCCAAUACGAAUAUGGUGCAAACUGUGAAGAACAUGGGCGCCCACCACAAUGCGAGCCAUUCAUAUCCUUUCAUGUCCCCUGAUGUGCCUUUAUUUCUGUUUAAGAUUUCAUUUUGUUUGACCUUAACUAAGAGUAUUCUACAAGGCCUAUGCGGAUGA